AUGACAAGCCCACUGCUCAUCUCCUUGGUCAGCUGCCUCGUUGCUGUGAAUCAAGCCAGCCUCAUCGGCCGCUGUGACUUGGCCAAGGUCCUGCACCAGGAGGACUUGGAUGGGUUUGAGGGCUACUCCCUGACUGACUGGCUGUGCCUGGCUUUCGUAGAGAGUGAUUUCAACAUAACAAAGGUGAAUGAAAACACAGAUGGCAGCUUUGACUAUGGCAUCUUCCAGAUCAACAGCCACUACUGGUGCAACGAUUACCAGAGUCACACGGAAAACAAUUGCCAAGUGGACUGUCAAGAACUGCUGAGCCCCAAUCUUCUCGCUAUUAUCAACUGUGCAAAAAAGAUUGUGUCCGGAGCGGGGGGAAUGAAGAACUGGGUGAAGUGGAGGCUGCACUGCGCCGGCAGGCCCCUCUCCUACUGGAUGACAGGCUGUCACCUGGCGUGAGGCAGGGAGCAGGCCUGUGGUGGAGUCAUUCCAGAGCUCCUCU